AUGGAGCCCAUUGCCAAGCGCCUGAAGCAAUCCGCCGAGAACGUGCUACACAAUUGCUCCCCACCACGACAAGAGGAAGACAUUGCAGACCGGAUCAAGCGUCUAGAAGCAGAGCUUCAAGGCGAACGUGAUGAUGACUCAAUUGACUCCGAUUUCAGCUCCGAUUCGGAUGAUAAUGGCAAGGUCAAGAAUAAAGCAGUUGUGAACCUGUCGGUUUACGCUUCCGAGCGCAUUGAGGCGCUGCCGGAAAAGCUGCUGCCCGCUGCACGAUGGUCGUCAAAGCUGCCGCCUGGCAAGAAGAAAACGAGUGGGAAGACGCAGCACGAGGAUGACGAACAAGCGGCUCACGAAGCGCUAAAGCAGCUUAGCGACGCGCUGACGUUCCCAAAGAAGGUCCCGUUUGCCUGCAAGCCGUGCAAGUUCAUCGGCAAAGACAUGGACGAGUUUCAGGCUCAUCGGGCAUCUAAGAAGCACUUGGAGCGUGUGAAAAGUGAAGACUCGACGCUGCAGUGCGUCCUCUGUGCCAAGUCGUUCACGAGUCAAAGCCAAGUGGACGAACAUCGUGCUGGCAAGUGGCAUAAGCAGCGCGCACAACAGAAGAAGGAGCGGCAUACGGUGCAGGUGUGUUACGAUUUUAUUCGUGGCACGUGCACGUAUGGCGAUCGCUGCAGCUUCGAGCACACCGAGACGAAAGCCAUGCGCGCUGGACGAGCACUGGACAAGACCCGAAGACGAGUGUGCGGGAACUUUGCCCGCACCAAGAAUUGCCGCUUUGGUGACAAGUGUCUGUUCUCACAUGACGUGAAACGAGACGACCGAGAAGUGCUCGCAACGACGGCGGCUCAUUUGGUCUAA